AUGGACAAGCGAGUACGCGUGGCGGCCGUGUUGGCUGGGUUGGUGGGCGUGACUAUGGCGCAAUCGGGAGUCGGCAGCAGCAGCGGAGACAUGAACGAGAACGCUGUAUCGGCGGGAGAGGGGGAACCCCCUCAGGUCGGGUUCUGGACGGCGUUCGCCAACAGCGUGGCCAUGAUCAUCGCCACCGAGAUCGGAGACAAGACUUUCUUCAUAGCGGCGAUCAUGGCGAUGAGCCACCCACGCCUCGCCGUCUUCGGCGGGGCCGUAGGCGCGCUGGCCGUCAUGACGGUGCUCUCCGCCGCGCUAGGCUACGCGCUGCCGGCAAUCCUCCCGAGGACCUAUACGCACUACGCGAGCGCGCUGUUGUUCCUGUACUUUGGGUUUAGGAUGCUGAAGGAGGGCAUGGAGUCGCACGGGGGUCCAUCGGAGGAGCUUACGGAGGUGGAAGAAGAGUUGGCGAAGAAGAGGGAAGGGGAAGCGAAGAAGUCGGGGCCGGCGGCGUUCGACAUGGAGGGGGGGGGUGCUAUCGGGGGCGCCGGGGGGGGGGGGGUGCGAAGCCGCCGGGGGGCGGUGAUGACGAUGUCCUUCAGCAUGACCUUCUUGGCGGAGUGGGGGGACCGGUCUCAGAUCGCGACGAUCGCGCUAGCGACCAACAAGGACCCGUUCGGGGUGACGGCGGGAGGCGUCAUCGGGCACUCGCUGUGCACGGGCAUGGCCGUAAUCGGGGGGAAAUUGCUGGCUGCGCGGAUCUCCGAAAAGACCGUCCACCUAGUCGGGGGAGCCUUGUUCCUGGUCUUCGGUUUGCACGCCUUGGUGUUCGGCGAAUAAAAAAAAUAUGAUAUUAAAAUAAAAUCAAGUCCGUUUUUUUUUCUGUACUGUACGCUGAGAAUACGUGGUGGUGCUAGUGUUUUUAUUUGUACAUGGUCAUUUUUUGUUGGUUUGCCGUCGCAUGUUUUAUAGCUUUCUUGGCGAAGUGCGAAAUUGCUAUUUUCGUUAGUGUUUUUCUUUUCUUUUUUUGCCUCCGUAUCUUCUUUGGCUGGUGAGUGCGAAACGGGCAUUCUAUCUCAUGUAUGUAGGAUUAAGUACACCAUAAGCCGCCUCACGGCUACCUCGCCCGCUUGCAAGCGUCACGGAGCAAGGGAGCGAGCUAGUAGUCUGAAUUUUUUUCUGGGAUGAACCAACUCCCCAAGCACGGUCAUUUUUUUUUCUGGGAUGAACCAACACCCCAAGCAAGCUGUUUUUUUUUGGAGAUCAGCCGCCCAGGCACGACAACAUUUUGUGCUGGGAUGACCCCCAAAACACGGUAAUACGGUCAAAUACCGUUUGUUCCGGGAUGACCCAGCCCGAAAAUACGUUGGACUUUUUUGUUCUGAGAUGAUGAGAAGCCCUACGAAAACACGGCUCCGGGAUAGUAAUUGUUU